UAUAGAACAACUAUAGUUCGUGGCUUCGUCACGUUUCUUCUGCUUGAUAAAACAUGGCGGCAGCGGUUAAUGGCUGGUUAUUGAACAAUCUUUCCGCAAGUUAUAGGCACGUGACGUGUCUUAAUUUUUGUCCCGUCGGUUUCCUACAAGCGCGAAACUAUGCUGCCAGGAAAGGUACAAGAGAAAAGGCGAGGAAGAAGAAAGUCAAACAGGUCAUUGAAAAAGUGGGCUUUAUCCCACACGUUCAGAGAGCGGCGAAGAUUCAAGCUAAAAAGAAGAAACUGGAUGUAAACGAUAUUAUAUUGGACGAUAGUAAAAGGUCCGAGGCAAUAGAUAAUGUAUGGAUUUCUAAAUUUCAUAAAUGGAAAAUUCAUUCGUUCGAAGAAGCAUUGCAGAAUCAUCGUGAAACGCAUCAUCCCACUAUAUAUAAUUUGCCAAAUGCACCUAUAAAUGCGCUUAUAGAAUUGGAUAUGCAGGGUGUAAAAAAGACAAAGUUUGUCGAGGCUUUCACACGAUUAGUAUGUCUACCGCAUGGAUUCGAUCAUGGUCAAAACAGAAAAGUAUUGGCAUUCUGUAAGACUUCCGAAAUGGAGGAUAUUGCGAGAGAAGCUGGAGCUCAUGUCGCUGGUGGUAAACAAAUAAUAAAGCAGAUUCAGAAUGGACAAUUUUCAUUGAAAGAAUAUGACAUUGUUGUAUCAGAGCCAAGUAUGUUACCAGAUUUGUUGCUGAUUAGGGGACUUAUGAGGAAGAAGUUCCCCAGUGUUAAAGGAGGUACUCUGAGUGCCGACAUAAAAAUGCUCGUAACGAAAUUUCUAAACGGCAUAAAAUAUACGGCAAAGCCGCAUGAAAUGCUGAAGUCUUACGGCACCAUCGAUAUCGCAUUUGGAACGAUCGAUAUGGACACGAAACAAUUAGAGGAGAAUUUUGCUGCCAUUAUUCAAGACGUUGAUGCUGCAAAGCCACGUCGACCGGGACCUUUUAUCACAAGAACUCGUGUUACAUGUUUGCCAUCGCCAGAAAUGCUUAAAGUUGAUUUUGAACAGUAUCUGGCUAAAGAUAGCACGGAUAGCACACUCGAAGCAGAAGAAGAAGAAGACGAAAAGCCAGAUGCCGUUAUUGCGUCUCAUUAAUUUUAUCCAUAGGGUUAUCAAUAAAAUGAUACCUAUAGUUAAAUA